CGAGGUUCCUGCAAACACGGCUUCUUGAGGGAACACGGGGAAAGCGUCCAGGCACUUGUCAGAGCUGAGCUUUCCCCGUUACACCCCUGUGAGGCUUCUGCCUCUGUGCUCACCUCUUCAUGGCGCUCAGCACAUUCCCAAAGCUGCGGGAGAGACGUUUCCAAGUUAUUAGUGUGUGGGUGGGUACAUGGUUGAAAGGACAGAUGUCUCAUGUCACAUUCCCUCAUGAAAGAGGGUUUGUCUGGAGGAGGCCGGGGUUUAAAAAGCUGCAGGACUGCAGUGGGUCCAGGGUGGACGGAGGCAUCUUCAAGCAGAGCCACCAGUGCAGCCGCCGCCGCGCUCCUUCUCGACAGCUCAUGGACCUCCAGGCCAGCCCCUGGGCCCGCGGGUCCCCGAGCCGCACGUGUAGGCCGCGCCCGGGAUCCCCUGAGCCGCCGCCCCGCCGGCCCUGGGCCUCCAGGGUGCUGCAGGAGGCGACCAACUGGCGGGCGGGGCCCCCGGCCGAGCUCCGAGCCCGGGAGCAAGAGAAAAGGAAAGCAGCGUCGCAGGAGCGGGAGGCCAAGGACACAGAACGAAAAAGGCGCAAGGCUGGCGGGCCCCGACGGAGCCCCCCGGGCCAGGCCCGUCAGGAACGCCGCAGCAGCGACCCCGGGGCGGUGUGGGCGGGGCCCUGGGGAGGUCGCCGGCCCGGGCCCCCCAGCUACGAGGCUCACCUGCUGCUGAGAGGCGCCGCAGGCACUGCCCCGCGACGCCGCUGGGACCGGCCGCCACCCUACGUGGCUCCACCUUCCUACGAAGGCCCCCACAGGACCUUGGGGACGAGGCGAGCCCCCGAGCUCUCCCCGGCGCCCGCCUCCUCCGCCCCAGCUCCGACCCCAGCCAGGACAGAGGGAGGCCGCACUAAGAAGAGGCUGGACCCUCGAAUCUACCGGGACGUGCUCGGGGCUUGGGGUCUCCGACAGGGGCGGGGCCUCUUAGGGGGGUCACCAGGCUGUGCGGCGGCCAGGCCGCGGCCGGAGCAUGGCAAGGGGGCCGCGGAGAAAAGCCCGGGCCUAGCCGCUGCUGGCCCCAACAGGGGCAGCGACGGGCAUUCCCAAGCCGACGCUCCUGGUAGCCCCGGCACGGAGACAGCGCCCGCGGGGUCUGCGCCUGCGACCCCCAGCCCCCCGCGUCCCGCCCCCAGGGCCAGGCACCAACUCCAGGGCUCGAGGGAAGGGAAAGAAGGGAGGGAACAUGCCUGGCUCCCCAGAUGCUGGAUUCCUUCCCCUAAAAGGCAGCCGCCACGCCAUAGCCAGACCCUCCCCAGACCCUGGGCUCCAGGAGGCACGGGAUGGAGACAGUCGCGGGGUCAGAGAGAGGGCGCGGAGCCCGAGGCACCGGGAAGUUGGACGGCGCCCCGCCGCGCCCACACCCUGCCCCGCAGCUCGCGGGGUCCCGCGCGCGGAGAAGGCGUCUUUGUCAUUGACGCCACGCGCGUGGUGAUUCGGUCCCAGUACGUUCCGACUCCGAGAACCCAGCAGGUGCAGCUGCUGCCCUCUGGGGAGCCGCGCGUCGUGGGCGAUGGCCCCAGGGAGCCGGAGGGCGAGAGGGCCCCGAUCUUUCCCUCCGUUUGCCAGAAGCUGCCGCCAGGCAGCCGCUUUCCGCACCAGCCCAGCGGGGGGCGCGGGGGCGCAGCGGAGGGCGGCACGCCGGAGGACUGCUCGCCGGAGGAGCGCGCGUCCCGCGUCCCGGGACUCUCGGUCGGCGAAGUCAGCCCCCCGUGCGCCGCCGCGCAGCCGGGUGUCCCGGAGCGCGCAGCCUCGGGCCCGGCGGACGCGGGCGUGGCGAGGGGCUCGGCAGUGACGGCGGCGCCGCGGCGCGUGGGAGGGGGCUGGGCGCGGGCUCCCGGGCCCUACGCCGGAGCCCUGCGGGAGGCCGUGUCCCGCAUCCGCCGCCACACCGCCCCGGACUCGGACUCGGACGGAGGCGAGGAGCUCAGCGUCCACAGCGGCUCCUCUGACGGAAGCGACACGGAAGCCGCGGGCGCCUCCUGGCGGACCGAGCGGACCCUGCCCGGGCCUGCCGACGCCGCGCCCGCAGCCGGCGCGGGGAGAGAGGAGCGGAACGCCGGCGCCCGCGAGAUGCUGCACGCCCGCGGCAAGCCCGCGCAGGCCCUCUGCCCCGCGAGGGACACCUCGGGGACCGCACAGGGACACGGCGAGGGGCAGUGAGCGGCCCCUUCUUGUGUCCGCCCUCGCCCGGGCCCCACCCUUCCCGAGUCCUUUCCUUCCCCUUCCCUGUCCCCCGCCUCCUGCUGUUCCCGCGUUGGAAAUAGAAAGGACAGGAACGGCA